GUCGGGAAGAACCCGGCCGGCUGUUGACGGGCACCGGGAGCAGCAGAAGCGGGCGCUUCCGGCUGCGCACUUCCGCUUCCGGUUCUCAGCGUCGACUGCGGCCCCGGCUCUGCCCUCGAGCGACGAGGUUCUGGCGUCCGCUGCUUCCAGGCGAUUGGAGCUCCAGACAGGAUGAUCGAGGUUGUUUGCAACGACCGUCUGGGCAAGAAGGUCCGCGUUAAGUGCAACACGGAUGACACCAUCGGGGACCUUAAGAAGCUGAUCGCAGCCCAGACGGGCACCCGUUGGAACAAGAUCGUCCUUAAGAAGUGGUACACGAUUUUUAAGGACCACGUGUCCCUGGGGGACUAUGAAAUCCACGAUGGCAUGAACCUGGAGCUUUAUUACCAGUAGAGCAGAAUAUCUUCCCCCUGCUCUGCCCGCUUCUCUUCUGUUCUCUUCUGUUCUCUUCUCUUCUCCCCUCCCACCCUCACCCCCCACACUGGUAUAGAUGCUUGUUUUUAAAGACUGAUGUUAAUAAAAACUGAGAAGCUGC